UUUCGUUUUAUACAGUUUUCCGGAGAGGAGGAACGUUCUUCCGCUGUUACGACGAGUUGUUGAAGUUUGGAGAAAAAACAUAAUGAAGUUCAACAAGUUAAUAUCUUCCUCACGAAGGAAAAAUCGUAAGCGUCAUUUUACCGCUCCUUCUCAUAUACGUAGAAGGUUAAUGUCUGCUCCUCUCUCAAAAGAACUCAGACAAAAGUACAACGUGCGAUCAAUGCCUAUACGUAAAGAUGAUGAAGUACAGGUUGUCCGUGGACACUAUAAAGGUCAACAAGUUGGUAAAGUAGUUCAAGUCUACAGAAAAAAAUUUAUUAUAUUUAUUGAACGGAUACAGAGGGAAAAGGCAAAUACCGCUAAUGUAUAUGUCGGUAUUGAUCCUUCAAAGACUGUGAUUGUCAAAUUAAAAAUGGAUAAGGAUAGGAAAAAGAUCAUAGACAGAAGAGGUAAAGGCAGGCUUGCUGCUUUGGGUAAGGAUAAGGGCAAAUAUACAGAAGAUACUACGGCUGCCAUGGAAACUUCGUAAAUAAUGACAGAAUAUAUUGUAUUUGAUACAAUAAAAAAAAGUAAAUUUAAAAAUCA